CGCCUCUCGUCGUAGUCGUAUUAUCCGUCCAUGAGUCUCCGAAAGAACUACCUCCCAGGGUUCUUACCCUGGGACUAUGAAUCAGUGCCUCUAUCACGUCACACUGACGUCGCAGAAUUCAUAUCCAGCGUCAUCCAUUUUCUAGAAGAAAAUGGCUUCCACGGUUCGUUCGACCUUCUGCCUGUUCUCUCCUUCGAUGAACAGAGUAAGAUUACCUCUAGAGUAAAGAAAGCAUUAAAGCGUCUAGGCAUAUUCCCUCAUUUCGUCCGCAAAAUAGGUGAGCCAAGAGAACAGCAAAUUUCUGAUAUUGAGAUCCGUAGAAGAAUCAAAGCAUGGUAUGAAGGUCACCUAGCUAACAAUACAAGGGGUGUACUUGGUUUGAUGGCGGCUGAUGGAGGUUACAUACCUCAGCUCCUAGAGAUUCAGAAUGAGGGUGGUUUUGAGAUUGUUAUAAUCAAUCGCCCAGGAGUGGCAACCCACUCUUUCUACACAGUGUUGUCGCAAUUUCCUGUCAUAACAGAUUCUGUAGCUAUGGUCCAAAGGGCGGUUAUGGCUGGGGUGGACGUGAUCAGGGCGGUUAUGGCUAGGGUGGACGUGAUCAGGGCGGUUAUGGCUGGGGUGGACGUGAUCAGGGCGGUUAUGGCUGGGGUGGACGUGAUCAGGGCGGUUAUGGCUGGGGUGGACGCGUCAGAGUACUGUGGCCCUCUCGCCAUCACGGGUGAAUCCGCCAUUCAGCCGUUUCCAUAUGGUUCUCCCGAAAGCUUACUUAUGGAAUUUGGCAAAAUAUUUGACAAUUUGAUCACACAUCUAUCUAGUGAAGAACACCAUGAGCUGCAGCUGGCUUGGACUACUGUGCCUGUGCCUUCUCAUCCACCGGUUGCUCCUACUGCCAUGUUGUCCGACCUGUUGCGAAUGAGUAGUGGACAUUGCUUGGAUGCUCAACUAACUGAGGAAAACCUAGUGGCUGUAACAUCGGUCUAUUGGGACAUGGAGACGUGUCCUGUUCCACUUGGCUGUGCUCCUCGUCGGAUCUCUCCCAUUGGCGCAGUAGAAGACGUCCCUUAUGACAUCCUGAGAGAAGUCUAUCCCAGUGGAAUCAGCGUCCCUUACGGUUAGGAUCUUUCAUCUUUUCAUCCCCUUGUGCUGAGUCUCAAGUCUUUAGUUUCUGAAAGUGUUUUCAAACUUUGUUGAAGGUCUUAUUUGUGGCUAAAGUGCAAGACGAGUGGGAUGUGAAGAAAAGAAGAAGAACUGA